CUCAUAUGGUUCUAUAAGAGCCCUCUUUAAAUCUUUGCUUAUUUAACAAAACCUCUAGUUUUUAUUUGUAUAUAAAAUCCCAAAGAAAAAUAAAUAUUUUUAAGCCUUGCAAAAUUGUUUUACAAUAAAAACAAAUCUUUUCCAAAAUCCCUCCUUUCAUCCUCUUCUUUUUGCACAAGAAUUCAGCAAGAAAUAGAAAAGAUGGAAGAAGCUAUUCUGAAGAAGAGGAAAGAAGUCACGGCAGCAAUACAAUCAGACAGAGUCAACCACGCACCAGCUUCCAUCUUGUCUUUUUCGUGGGCACAGCAGGAGAUGAGCGUGAUCCUCCUCGCCGCUCGACCAGCCUCCUCUCAACCACUCCCUAUCUCUUCUUCGUUUUCCCCAUCUCCAGAGAACUCUAGUUUGCUUCCUCCCUCGCGCCGCCGUUUCCCUUCUGUCUGUUCACCACGCAAACGAGGGAGGCGAAAGUUUCAUAGAAAACACCGAACACCUCCGCCGCAGCAUCACCGUCGCCCCGUCGUCUCCGUCCACCUCUCGCCGAACCAAGGCCACCACGAGAUUCUCCUCAUCACGCUGAAGCUCCUCGACACAUGCGCGCAACAAAUCGAGUUCGAAAUCGACGACAAGGAUCACUUCUCCAUCUCCGCCGCCGGCAGAAAUCUCAUGUUCCCGGCCGCCUCCGACCUCGUCCGCCACCGACGAGGUGUUCAUCAGCUUUCUGGUGAGAUGGCGGCCCUUUCCCCUCUUUUCCCCGUCUUGUUUGCUCUCUGUUCAGUUUCGCCUAAUUCUGACGAAACUGUCGCCUUUGUUUUGCACGAGUUCAUCUCCGCCAUGGCCGACGACAGGCCUCCGCACGCGCUCGUCCCUGCCGGCCUCCUUCCCAUUCAUCGACCUCUUCGUCUCUGCUCUGGUCGCACCAUCCCAGUCCUCGCUCCUGUGCAAAAUCGCAGGCUGCUCUCCGCAGCGCACGUCCGUCUUCAGCCUAACGUUGCUCCAGGCCACGGCCUCGUCGACAAGUGCAGCUCCAUAAUCUUUCUAUGUUCCCGAUCUGGGUUGGUUCAAGAUAGGCCGAACCUCCUUUUGGACAGCAACAGCAUCAGCAAGAUCUCAUACUCCAAGAUAUAGCUCAUGAUGUUGCGUGAGCCAUGUCAAUCAACAUCUGAAUAGGAAUAGCAGCACAGUUGCAUCAGUGCAUCACCAGCCUGGGAUCAACUCCCCAGGUGUACAUCUUCUCAGCCCAGUUUCCAUCGUCCAGUUUCUGGCUCAAGGCCUCUACCCUUUUUUCUUUCUUCUUUUUGCAAAGCUGUUUAACUUGUAUCUACUGAUUCAUAAAUCAAAAUAAUUGAAAUAAACUUUCUGCAUUUAA